AUGGCAUUCUGGGAUCCAAGAAAUCUUGCUACACCACUUUGUAGACAUACAGUUGAUAAUCAAUCAGGUGUUCUUAUGCCAUUCUAUGAUCCAGAUUCAUCUAUUCUUUAUCUUGGAGGUAAAGGUGAUUCAGGAAUUUCAUACUUUGAAAUUGUUCAUGAAAAACCAUAUUUCUAUUCUCUUAAUACUUUCAGAGGAGAAAAACCACAAUCUGGACUUGGAGUUAUUCCAAAGAGAGUUUGCAAUACCACAACAUGUGAAAUUACUAGAUUUAUGAAAGUUACUAGAGAUGGAGUUGUUCCAGUCUCUUUCUGUGUACCAAGAAAAUCAGAAAUCUUCCAAGAUGAUAUUUUCCCAAAUACAUAUGCUGGUAUUCCUGUUGAAACUGCUAACGAAUGGAAAGAAGGUACUUCUAAUGAACCAGACAUGUCAUUCAACUUUGCUCCUGGAUAUGUACCACCAGAAAAACCUGUUGCCUCAUUCAAUCCAGUUGUUAAAAAGGUUGAAGCUCCAAAGAGUGAUAAAGAAAUUAGAGAAGAAUGGGAACAACUCAAGAAUAGAGUUAAUUACCUUGAAACAGAACUUGCAAAGAAAGAUGCUCAAAUUGCUGAACUUCAAUCAAAACUUGCUGCUGGUUCACAGUAA